UCUCUUGCUCUUUGUUGUUUCUGCACACCAAAUACAUAACACCACCGGCUGCGAUGUUUCGAACGGGAGCUGGGUUUAUGACGACUCAUAUCCUCUCUAUAACGCAUCCAGCUGCCCCUUCAUAUUGAAAGCCUUUGAUUGUGUAGGCAAUGGCCGCCCGGACAAAGACUAUCUCAAAUACAGAUGGAUACCCUCUGAGUGCAACUUACCGACUUUCAACGGCACUGAUCUUCUUAUGAGGUUCAAAGGGAAGAGCAUCAUGUUCGUCGGAGACUCGCUGAGUUCGAAUCAAUGGCAGUCACUAGCUUGCAUGGUGUACACAUCGACUAGUCCACUGCCCAAGUACACUUUGUUCAGGCAAGGCGAGCUCUCCACGUUCGUGUUCCCGGAGUACAAUUUCCGGCUCUUGUUCUCCCGGAAUCCGCUUAUUGUGGACAUUGUUAACACCAAAGCAGGUCGAGUCCUCAAACUCGACUCCAUAUCGCUCGAAAGCCAGCAGCUGUGGAAGGGAACCGAUGUAGUGAUAUUCGACACGUGGCAUUGGUGGCUUCACGUCGGGAGGAAGCAGCCGUGGGAUGUAAUUCAGGUGGGGAACCAGACCUACGAGGACAUGGAUCGGCUGGUGGGGUAUGAAAAGGCCUUGAACACUUGGGCGACGUGGGUGGACUCGAACGUGAACCCUGCAAAAACCAAGGUCUUUUUCCAAGGUGUGUCCCCCGAUCACCAAAACGCAUCAGACUGGACGCUGAACCCUAAUUCCGAAGCGAUGAACUGCACUGCAGAAUCCGAACCACUACUCCAAGCAGGUUCAGAAUACCCUAGGGCACAUCCGGCGGAGCAAGUAGCGGAGAAAGUACUAGGUAGCAUGUCGAAGCCGGCGAGGUUGCUGAAUGUGACGAGGCUUUCAGAGCUGAGAAAGGAUGGACAUCCCUCUGUGUAUGGCCUUGGUGGGAGGAGAGGCUUGGACUGCACGCAUUGGUGCUUAUCUGGAGUUCCUGAUACUUGGAAUGUGCUUCUCUAUGCUGCUCUUACUGAGAGUUAUACGGAUUAA